AUGCUGCGCCAUCCCUGAUUUUCAUGAGCAUGCAAAUGUGUUUGCUUUUCAGAUACGCUUGAAUGAUCUUGUUCUGUUGCCUUGGCAAGAAAUUGGACGUUUCAUAGGGAACGCAGGCUACUCAAUAAAUUUCACAGACUUGUGUAAAUUAUGAAUCACUGUCAAAAAUAUUGCUGAAAAAGGAACCUGUUUGAUAAUACUGUAAUUGUUCUGUAUUAUUAUUUUUAGGGGCGUUUUUACAUUAGGGGCAUGUGGGGCAGUGCCCCACCAAAGAUGGCGCUGUGGUGCACGAUUCUCGUAACAUCUGAACGUUGUGGCAUAAUGUAUUUUAUAUUUAAUACAAAAUAGUGAUUCAGUGGUGAAAUUGGCGUGUAUAAAUAUAAUAAACUUGACUCGCAAUCCUUAUAGUGCUGUUUUGGAGUAAUUUACUUUCUGCGUAGGCUAUGUGUGUGCUCGCGCUGCGGACUGCGCUCCCUGUCCUAUCUCUCUGCUGUGGGGCAGCGGAGCACUCUGCCCCAUCGUUGCUAGGGGAACAACGUGAGCGUGAUCUGCGUAAGCAGGGAACACCUCCCGCAAAUUAUGUUGAUCGGAGGGGCAGAAAUCUUUCUGUCCCUACGAAUUCUGCCUAGCAACAGGUGAGCCACCUGUGGUGGCGAAAAAAUAAUAAACGUAACCGUUAAUCGGUUGAUGUACGUCUAUCGCUAAUGCUAGAGUGAGAGCACCUAUUAUCUUCGACAGUCAAGAAAACGUAAAUAGAUUUGAACUAUAUAUUAAAUAGGCGAAAUAUCGGUAAUAACCUGUAGGCUACCUAGUUAUGUAGGAAAAAAUAUCCUUGUUAUACUUCAGUGGUUAUUUUUUAAUUACUUUCGCGAUUAUAAAUUUGCUAAUACUGUAUAAGUGUCCUAUCUUGCGUAUUUGAGGUUAAUAUGAGAAAGGGUGGUAGCUAUCAGCACGUCUAGGAAUCCGUGCAUAUUCACUGUUGUAACCCAAGUCGCAGGACGCAAAAUAGCCGUUAGGAAAGCAGUUUGAAAUUAUGAAGCAACCUCUGCGCCAUUGCAUUUAAUGGGUCGCAAUGAGAAAAUUCCGAGCGUGUUGCUUACCUUAAAGUUGAUGUUGUAAAUAAGGCUGUAUUAAUAUAACUAAAUGUAUAUGUAUGAAGCAGUUUUUUUUACAUUUAGUCAGUUUAUUUUCUGUAUUUUUACAGGACCUACAUUUUAAUAAUUAACGAUGUCUCUCUAAUAAAUACGAAGUAAAUACACUAGCAGUUAGGGUGGUUGAUACACGUCCGUCCCCGUCCCCCCGCCCCGCCCCUCGGGUGGUCGAUAAUAGGUGCUCUCACUCUAGGUAGCUAAAGUGUUCAAUUUCAAGUCAAGUCUGAUUUUAUUUUAAUUUUUGAAGUUUCUUAAGUUCAAGUUUGAACGAGUCUUUAUUUUAUUAAUCAGUUUGUAAAUCUCUCUGCUCCCUGGCGCUUACAGCGCAGCCCAUAUAAUAGAGGCCUAUCGUAGACUAAUUGGUUACCUUUAUUGUAUAUGAUGGUGACGUCAUACAAAACUUCCCCACCAGAAAUGCCAUGCUAAAAUCGCCACUGAUUAUUUUCCAUUCGAUGUAUGGAACUUGCGUGAAUGAUCAUCAACUGAAUAAAUCCUUCUGCAUGGCAGCUGGGGUGUUGCUGUUUCUCUUUUUCCGCCUCCCUGAUCAAAAUGCUAUAAGGCAAGAAAAUGCCCUACCUGCAUAAUUUCUAAAACAAGAUUACCUAAACCGAUGCUCCAGUAAGACGCCCUUUGAUUGGCUCGUUCCCGUGGUGACCUGGCAACCAAGGGGCAGUGCAUCGCUUUCAUCCUCCACAAUAAGCUUUGAAAAGACAGGGUACCGAAAUAGCGACAUUGGCUGGCUAGCUAACCAUCCAUAGCAGUACGGUUGUUAAAAAGUGAAGUCAACGGAAGGAUAGGAAGGUUGCCUAGAUCUCAAACAAAGCUGCAAAUAUGUCGUCGCGGACGCUUCCCUUGCUUUUUAUCAAUCUCGGUGGAGAAAUGCUCUAUAUCCUGGAUCAGCGACUACGAGCGCAGAAUAUCCCAACCGAUAAAGCGAAGAAAGUGAUGAAUGACAUCAUCACCACAAUGUUCAAUAAGAAGUUUCUGGAGGAGUUGUUCAAGCCGCAGGAGCUGUAUUCCAAGAAGGCCCUGAGGACCGUGUUCGACCGUCUUGCGCAUGCAUCCAUCAUGAGACUCAACCAGGCCAGCAUGGACAAGCUUUAUGAUCUGAUGACCAUGGCUUUCAAAUACCAAGUCCUGCUGUGCCCCCGGCCCAAGGACCUCCUGCUGGUGUCCUUCAACCACAUGGAUGCCAUCAAGGACUUUGUGAGGGACGCGCCCAGCAUUCUCAACCAGGUGGACGAGACGUACCGCCAGCUCAUCGAGAUGUACACACCGCUGUCCGGUGGAGAGUUCCAGCUGAUCAGACAAACACUGCUGGUCUUCUUUCAGGACAUGCAUAUCAGGGUGUCCAUUUUCCUGAAAGAUAAGGUGCAGAAUUCCAACGGGCGUUUCGUCCUCCCGACCUCGGGCCCCGUGCCGCACGGAACGCAGGUCCCGGGCUCCAUCAGAAUCUUCAGCUGCGCCGGAGAGGAGGUGAAGAGGCUGCAGUUCCCCAACGGCGGGAGCUACUCCAGCGCCCUGCGGGAGGGGUCCUUCGAGCUGUUCGGGGAGAGAGUCAUUAAACUGGGCACCAACAUGUACAGCGUGAGUCGCCCCGUGGAGACGCACAUGUCUGGGACGGCAAAGAACUCCGCCCAGCACACCAAGGUGAACGCGGCUCCUAACCCCCUGGCGAAGGAGGAGCUGAACCUGCUGGCCCGGCUCAUGGGGGGUCUGGAUGUUCAGAAACCCACCGCCGCGGACUCUGGGUUCCGCGUCAACCUGUUCUCUACGGACGAGGAAGAGGAGGAAGCUUUGAUCUCCAGACCAGAGGAACUGUCAUACGAAGUCAUAAAUAUCCAGGCGACAAAGGACCAGCAGGCCAACGAGGAGCUGGCCCGGAUCAUGGGGGAGUUCACCGAGGAGGCGGAGCCGUCGCAGGGUCCGAGUGACAAGGGGGCGGACCUUCUGGCCAUGAUGGACGGGCUCUGAGAGGGGGCGGGGACAGUCCCCUGGGGGAGGGGCCUAAGCCGCGGAGGGAGGGGACGGCAGGAGCGAGGGAACCGUGCCGGGGACGGAGCGGCUCGUUCGAUUGGUUUGUCGUCGCCGUGGAGACGACCUGCUGAUCUCGCACGUGCCCGAGAACCUCGUCUUUCAUUUGUGAUAGACUUUCUGUUUGCUGACGUUGGAGAGGGAGCGAGAGGGAGAGAGAGAGAGAGAGAGAGAGAGAGCGAUAGAGAAUGACUGAAAAAGUCUGAAUAAAUGAAGAUGCCCUGUUAUUGGGGGGUUAAAUGAGGACUUUUCUAAGUGCCCCCAAAUGAUUCUGUAACUUGAUAGGAAUAGGCAAGCUUAACGCCUCCUUGUGAUGUGUCCUGUGUCCGUCAGAGUGUCAGAGACUUGAAUGUGAACACGCAUAGCUGUUAAUAACUGUCUACACAAUACCUCUAGUUACGCGAUCACCGUUCAGUGGCUCUGUCUGCUGCUGUGUCUGAGUUGUUUUAAACUCCCCCUGUGGCCCUUCCUGCUGCUAGGCCCACCUGUAUGAGCGGGUGUACCUGGACGUCGUGCCACACGCUGUGAAGUCAUUUCUGUGAUGUCAUUUAGGGCUUUGAAUUCUGAAGUGAGAAAGGACUGUUUGGUACAUAAUGUUUCGCAACCCAUUUUCAAUUGUCACUAGGUGCUUUUCUCUCGCUUACAAAAUAUCUGUGUUUCCCAGCCUGACAAAUGUUUUGUUUUUUUGUUUUUGUAAAUUAAUUUUUUAAAAAGUGUCAUGAAUAUCAUGCUUUGCUAAUAGGGAUAUUCUAAAGGUCUGUGACUGAAAAGACAGGAAGUGUAACAGGAAGUGCACUUGUUAAUAGAAUUCAGACGCCUGACUCCCAGAAAUACCCAAAGAGAAGAUCUUUGUGUUUCUUUGAUUGACCUGAGCAUAACACUGUUUUCACUUCUGCUUACUGUUUAGAUUUCAAACCAACACAAAGAAUGUGAGAAGCACAUGUUUUGCUACUAUGAGCUGGUCUCAAAAUGGCUUGAAAUUUUUCUGUGUCAUUGAGGUUUGUGGCCAGAUUUAGCAGAGAUGGUAAAAUGGGUGUGCAAUAUUGUACUCAACCUCUAAUAUAAGAAAUAUUACUGAAAUAAGCGGAGUACAUUUCUUAAAGUGUGGGAGGUAAAGAUGAGUUAACUGUUCAUGGUUUAUUUUUUAUAAAUGUAUUGUGUAUGAAUGUUUACUUGUGUUCUUAUCAGUGCACUUUUGUUGAAAUAUUAACUGAUUGUGACAAAUAUCACGUUUUGUGGAAACAGGUUAUGUUUUCCCCCCCUUGUGCUUCAUAAUAAAUGAUCAGUGAAACAUC